GCAAUAUGGCGUUGACUUCGCGUCUGGUCACAUUACUGGCAUAGGUUUUUUUCGCACAACUCAUAAUUGUCGUGAAAAUCCAGGUUUUGGCCCAAAAUGACCACAAUCGCGGAUUUAUUCACAAAGUAUAAUUGUACAAAUUGCCAGGAUGAUAUUCAGGGCAUUCGGGUGCACUGCGCGGAGUGCGAAAACUUCGAUUUGUGUCUACAAUGCUUUGCCGCAGGUGCUGAGAUCGGCGCCCAUCAAAACAACCACCCCUACCAGUUCAUGGACACCGGCACCUCCAUAUUAAGUGUAUUUCGUGGAAAGGGGGCGUGGACGGCACGAGAGGAGAUCCGUCUGUUGGAUGCAAUUGAGCAAUACGGCUUCGGGAACUGGGAGGACAUUAGCAAGCACAUUGAGACGAAGUCAGCGGAGGAUGCCAAGGAGGAGUACGUGAAUAAGUUUGUAAAUGGCACGAUUGGAAGGGCCACUUGGACGCCGGCUCAGAGCCAAAGACCCCGCCUUAUCGAUCACACUGGAGACGACGACGCUGGUCCUCUGGGCACCAAUGCUCUCUCUACCUUGCCUCCAUUGGAAAUCAACUCCGAUGAGGCGAUGCAGCUGGGCUACAUGCCCAACAGGGACAGCUUUGAGCGGGAGUACGAUCCCACGGCAGAGCAACUGAUCUCCAACAUCUCGUUAAGCUCCGAGGAUACGGAGGUGGAUGUGAUGCUUAAGCUGGCCCACGUUGACAUCUACACCCGCCGACUCAGAGAGCGUGCUCGCAGGAAACGAAUGGUCAGGGACUAUCAGUUAGUGUCAAAUUUCUUCCGCAACAGAAAUUACGCUCAGCAACAAGGACUCACCAAGGAGCAGCGCGAGUUUCGGGACAGAUUUCGAGUCUACGCCCAGUUUUACACGUGUAACGAGUAUGAGCGGCUAUUGGGAUCACUGGAGCGCGAAAAGGAACUGCGCAUUCGACAGUCAGAGCUGUACCGAUACCGGUAUAAUGGCCUGACCAAAAUCGCGGAAUGCACACACUUCGAGCAGCACGCCGCAACAGCGACGCACCGCUCUACAGGACCAUAUGGCCACGGCAAGACCGACCACACGCAACCCUCCAAUGGAAGUCAUCGGCCGCCAAGCUCUUCCUUGCACUCCCCACAACCGAAUCUCAGAAAGGUCGAAAUAUCAAGCGGCGCCGAGGCAAGUUCAAAUUCAAUCGCACCAAGAAACACGCUCCACAUCGCCGACCCGACCUGCUCCGGCGCAUUAUUGCCCAGCAAAAACUACUUGGAUAGCUGUCGGGGAUCGUCGGCAGCUACGAUGCUGCAGACGACGGGAAUGGUAAUGGGGGUAACAGUGGACUCGGGAGCGACGACGGGAGUGACUUCCACGGCUACGACGAUGGCGAAUCUGCCAACGAACUCGGCGAAGGGAAGCCAACAACAUCUGCAGCCGCUGCAGCAGCAUCCUCAGCUCCUGCAAAGCGGCAACCAGCACAAAAUGCAAAACGAGGCCGCCGGCGGAGGCAGUGAUCAGGUGCCCAGCAUGAGCCUAAAAUUGCGCACCCAGCUGGAGGAACUGAAACAUCUGCCCCAGCCGCCGGGCAGUGAACUGCUCAGUCACAACGAGCUGGAUCUGUGCAAGAAGCAUAAUAUUACGCCCACCACCUACCUCUCGGUUAAGACUGUCUGCUUGAGCGGAGCACCAUCGUUGGGUAGUCCUAUGGAGACUUCGUUGCGCAAGUUCUUUAUCAAGUGCGGCUGGCUGAGCCACUGAACACCUUCCAACUUUCCGCGCCCCUUCGAUUAAGAGCCACAUGCAUUUCCAAGGACUUCACUUUAUUUUUGCAAUAGUUAGAAUAGGUUAAAGACAUUUUUAUACUGUUCAACUGUCGUUGCCAUUUUCAUCAAGGUAAAAACUACAAAACUGAAAAUCAAUUUACUUGUAUCAAGUCAAGCUCAAUUACAUUAAGUGUUGUUCCUUUGUGUGAGAUGUCGGGAUCCAGAUAUUGUGUAUUAACUAAGCUUAAGUAGGUGACCCAACCAAUUGAAUAUGUAUGAUAUGAAUUGUAAAUGAAGUAAUAAAUGUAAUAGUGAAUGUACAACAA